AUGUCCUACACCGUCAAGGACCACUACAAGCUCUUCCUCGCCGGCAAGGAUGUCAAGGGCGAGGCAGACCCGAUCGCCAUCGAGGACCCGUCGACGGGCAAGACCAUCGCCUACAGCCACGCCGCAAGCCCCGAGCAGGUCGCCCAGGCCGUCACCGCGGCGCAGGAGGCGUUCGACUCGGGCGUGUGGAGCAGGCGAGCCCCGGCCGACAGGGCCGCAGUGAUGUCCGACAUCGCCCGGGCCUUCUCGGCCAAGGUCAAGGACCUCGCCGUCCUCGAGAGCAUGCAGACUGGCCGACCUUACCGCGAGAUGUCGAUCCAGCUUGGCCGCCUGCACGAGUGGUUCGAGUACGCCGGCGCACUCGCUCGCACCGAGGAAGGGUCGACCCAGCCUGUUCGCGGCAGCCUGCUCAACUUCGUCAAGCGCGAGCCGCUCGGCGUGUGCGCCCUCAUCUCGAGCUUCAACCACCCACUCCUCAUCUCGAUCAAGAAGCUUGCUUUCGCUCUCGCCGCCGGCAACUCGGUCAUCCUCAAGCCGUCAGAGCUCGCGCCUCUUUCCGUUCUCGAGCUCGGCAAGAUCGUGCAGUCGGCCGGCCUACCAGAUGGCGUUCUCAGCAUACUUCCCGGCUUCGGCGCGACGACCGGCGCCGCGCUCGUGUCCGACCCGAGGAUCAAGAAGGUCGACCUCACCGGCGGGACGGCAGCAGGACGAGCUAUCGGAGAGGUCGUCGGCAGGAAUCUCGCGAGCUACACGGCCGAGCUGGGCGGCAAGGCCCCUAUCGUCGUCUUUGAGAACGUCGACCUCGAUGUCGCCGUCAACGGCGUCGCCUUUGCGUCCUUCAUCGCGUCCGGCCAGACCUGCGUUGCCGGUACCCGCAUCAUCAUCCAGAAGACGAUAUUCAACGCGUUCGUGUCGGCCCUGUCGACCAAAUGCGCCUCGAUCGCUCGCCGCAUCGGCUCGCCGUUCAACAAGGACUCGAUGAUGGGCCCCGUCAUCUCGGCGCGGCAGCUCGGCGUCGUCGAAACGCUCGUCGAGAGCGCAAAGGGCGACGGUGCGACUAUCGUCUGUGGCGGCGAGAGGCUCAAGGGCGCGUCGAGCCUGGACGGCCACGAGCUGUCGAACGGCUACUUCUACCCGCCUACCCUCAUCACGGGCACCGAGACGGUCCCGGCGACCUCGUUGCGCAUCUGGCGAGAGGAGGCGUUCGGCCCGGUGCUCGUUCUCGUGCCUUUCGAGACCGAAGCAGACGCCAUUACGCUCGCCAACGACUCGGAAUACGGCCUCGGCUCGGCCAUUUGGACUCGCGACGGCGCUCAGGCCCUCCGAGUCUCUUCUGCGCUCGAUCACGGUCUGUGCUGGGUCAACACGCACCACCGCAACGACCCGUCGUCGCCUUGGGGCGGCCUGAAGAACUCUGGCGUCGGGCGCGAGAACGGGCACGAGGCAUACCGCGCCUACACGCAGAGCAAGAGCGUCGUCAUCAACUACGCGACCGAGGAGGAGAGCCGGGUCAUGGACGACUGGUUCCGAGAGGAGGACCGCGAGGUGCGGUAUGGCUAGACGGUCCUGUCUUGGUGCAAGCGGUUUCUGUUGUCGUUCUC